AUGACAACUACAAGCACCACAUUGGUUUCAUCUCCCACGCCUUCUUUUAAUGUGUCUGAUCUUAAAACUCAGUUUAACUUAAAAAUUGUUCAUUCUCCAGAUAUGCCUCCGUCAAAAAUCAAGGAAGCACCUUAUACCUGGGAGCAGACGAGGUAUAUUGUGGAGCUAAACGAGUUGGAAUUAUUUUCCAGAUCUGCAGAGCAAACGCAGAGAUACCAGGAGUUUAAGAAGGGCUUGAAACUUAGAGGAAUCACUAUAUUCAAGUAUUUAUUGUGUCAUCAGUUGGAUUGGUAUAAGCCUGAAGAUAAUGGGAAUAAGAGUGUUGAAGAAAUAGAAUAUGACUCACAGAUUGUAAUUAAGCCAGAAGGCUCGAAAUUAUUUGCAAAUGAUAACGAUUUAAAGGUUUUGUACAACCAUUUCCCAUAUUAUUUCGGGCCAGAUGUGGUGCAUUUAUGCAUUUGGUCAAAGAUUCCCAUUCCUGCAGAUCCUGAAUCGCCAUUCGGUGAUAUCCUGUCUGAAACUAGAGCACAGGUAGAACUGUACAUAGAUAGAAUUAUAGUGAAGAGAUUUGGAAUUCUGAGGGAAAAUCUCGUCUGGUUUAAAAACUGGGAAUCUUUACAGAGUGUGAAGGCAAUUUCCCAUAUCCAUGUAAUCAUAAGAGGUAUUACCACAGAGCAACUUAAAGAAUUAAAUGUGUGCUAG